AUGAUGGAGUUGGAUGAGUCACCAAAGGAAAUAAUAAAGAAAGCGUCCACGUGUGAAGACAACCAAUCCUCCACCCUGGAUUUCAUCCUCCUGGGAGUUACUGGUCAGCAGGAACGGGAAGAUUUCUUCUUCAUCCUCUUCCUAUUCAUUUAUCCCAUCACCUUGACUGGAAACCUGCUCAUCAUCUUGGCCAUUUGCUCUGACAUUCGACUUCACAGACCUAUGUAUUUUCUCCUUGCCAACCUCUCUUUUGUUGACAUCUUCUUCUCCUCUGUAACCAUUCCUAAGAUGCUGACCAACCAUCUGUUGGGCACCAAAGCCAUCUCCUUUGGAGGAUGCCUAACACAGGUGUACUUUAUGAUUGGCAUGGCUAACACAAAUAGCUAUAUCUUGGCAGCAAUGGCAUAUGAUCGUGCUGUGGCCAUCAGCUGCCCACUUCAUUACACAGCGAUUAUGAUCCCACGGUCUUGUGUCCUGCUAGUUGUCAUGUCUUGGGUUGUUGGAAAUGCCAAUGCCCUCCCACACACUCUGCUCACAGCUAAGUUGUCCUCCUGUGGAAAACAGGAAGUGGCCAACUUCUACUGUGACAUGGCCUCUUUGCUCAAGUUGUCCUGUUCUGACAUCCAUUUCAAUGUGAAGAUGAUGUACCUAGGGACUUUUGUUUUCUCCAUGCCAUUACUAUGUAUCAUCAUCUCCUAUGUUCGGGUCUUUUCCACAGUCUUACAGGUCCCAUCCACCAAAGGUGUGCUCAAAGCCUUCUCCACCUGUGGAUCCCAACUCACAGUUGUUUCUUUGUAUUAUGGGACAGUCAUGGGCAUGUAUUUCCGCCCUCCAUCUAGUUACAGCCUAAAGGAUGCAGUGGUAACUGUGAUGUACAUUGCAGUGACCCCAAUGUUAAAUCCUUUCAUUUACAGUCUGAGAAACCGAGACAUGAAGGCUGCCCUGGGGAAACUCUUCAGCAGGAGAAUCUCCUCAUAA